AUGGAUAAUAAACCCAGUCAGGGCAGGCAUAAUAAGAAAGAAAAGAAAAAUCAGAAAGUCCACUUGGAAGAGUACCUAGGAUUUAAAAUCGCAGCCAAAAAAGAACCACCUCCAGUACGAAUUAAAAAAGUUCAGCAAAAAGGCUUACAAGAUAUAACAUUAUCUCCAUAUUGCUCUUUUGCAAUCCGCCUCCCAGCAGAAAUUAUCCAAUAUCACACAGAUCCAAAUAUUCCUUUAGAAUGGGAAACAAUUGGAAUGGUGACCAGACUUACUACACAUCAAUUCACAUGCCCAAUUUGCCUUGACCAUGAGUUCACAGCAUGCAGAGUAAAUAGAUGUGGGCAUCUCUUUUGCUGGCCUUGUGUUAUCAGAUAUUUAUGGGCUACAGAAAAUCAAGCUAAACGCUGCCCAAUAUGUUUUGACCCUGUAAAAGGAUCAAACCUCCGACCAAUGAUCAUUAAACGUGUAGAAGCUGUGCAAGAAGGCAAUACAAUAGAAAUGCAGCUACUUAUGAGAGAAAAAGGAAAAAUUUCAUUAUUCAAAUGUGGAGAGCCAAUUCAAGAAAAAGUUAUGCAAUCUUUUAUAGAUUAUAAAUCCAGCCACGCAGUUUUUAAUAGGAUUACAUUACAAUUGGAUGAAAGAAGCAUAUUGGAAGACCAAAAGAGUCAGCUUGAAGCCUGCCUUGUAAAAACAGAAGACUCUUUUGAAAGAUCAGCAAUUGAAAAAGCUUUACUCCCCCCUCCGUGAGUGAACAAAACCAUUGGGAAAAAUCCCUAUUUUUUUGCCCAAAAACCCACUCUCCGUGAGUGAACAAAAAUUUUUUAUGAAAAAAAAUUUGAUAUAUAAGUGAUAAUUAAUAUAAUGAAAUCUCGAGCUAAUUCUGUUUAAUUUUAAACAAUUGCGUUUUAAAACAUAAAUUUUACAAAUUAAAUUAAUAUUUGAUUUCCAAAUUUUUGCAAAUUAGGAUUUUUUUAAAAUUCGAAAAAAAAAAAUUUCUAUAAAAUUUAUAUAUAAAUUUUUGUUAAAGAAAAAAUUACCCCCCCUCAGUGAGUGAACAAAAAAAAUUUUUGUUCACUCACGGAGGGGGGAGUUAGAAUACGUAGGGAAAGAAAUUGAAAGCUCUCAUGCAAAUACAAACGAUACCAGAAAUACUGAAGAGCCCUUGAGAAAUCCAUCAAAAUAUUACUACCUUUAUCAAAUUUCAGAUGGUCAGCCUUACUUUUUGCAUCCAUUAAAUGUCAAAAUGAUGCUGAAAGAGUAUGGCAACUUUGAAAAUUUUCCAGUAAAAAUCACAGGUAAGGUGCUAGAAAUAGAAGAUACUUUUAUUACAGAAUUUGAAAUCAAAAAGCUAGGGUAAGUAAGUUCUAUAUAGAAUUUUUAACCAUAUCGCAAGAGGCGCAACGGUAAGCCAAGUCGAAAUUGAUAUGAGGGGCAUAUGCUCAUACGAAACGACUAGAAUGUUCGAUAAUGAACUUCAUCAAAGAGCAAACAAAAGACGCAGAUUAAAAGUCAAAGAAGAAAGAUGCCAACAAGAAAUAGCGAAAAGAAGCAAGGCUGAAGAAGAGGCUAACAAUCUACUAAUGGCUUAUUUUGAGAAUCCUCAAGUUGCAGUACCUGUUAGGAGAGUAACUCCGCCAAAAAAGAUUGAAGAAGUAAAAAAAAUUGAAGAAAAAAAGGAAAGUGAGGAAGCUGGCAAAAGCAUUUGGAGCUCAUUUACAGAUGUUUUAAAAAAACCUCCGAGACAGGUUGUUAGGAGUCAGAGACAAACAGAGUCUAAAGAAAAAGAAGAGGAAAAUGGAAAUGAGGAUCCUCCAAAGUUGACACUAUUUGAUUUAGUUAAACACAAAUCAAUGAAAUAG